AGAACACCCGAUAUAUUUGGUUUCUAAGCAACAAGUAUAAACGUUGGGAAAAGGAGUCGCAACAGUUAUCAUAGCUGUCACCGAGUGGCUUUAUUUGUAGCGUUAGCUAGCUAAACUCAACUUUAAUUUCAAUUCAGACGACAUUCAAAAGAAACCCUUAGCGGCUGGUGUGGAGGGCUAAGGUGUUUUUGGCAAAGAUCUAACAACAAUACAACCUUUAAGACAACAGAUGAAGUCAUGAGCACGUACCCACAAAGAAGACACAGUCCUCAAGGGCAGCCCAAUAUUGCAGGAAAAAGGCAAGGCAUUGUUUAUACUCAAGCACAACAUGGUGUUGUACCUGGUAGGAGAGCAGAUGGAGUAGACCGGCCAUUUCCAAACAAGCCUGUUAGCCACAGAAGACCUCUCAACCCCCGGAAACAAGACUCACUUGAUCUGUAUGAUUUUGAAAAAAUCACUAUUACAAAACAACCGAGAGGCCUUUUGUUGCCCCCAGAAUACCAUUCAAAUGGCACCAGAAAGAUCACGGGAUCCCGGCAUUCAAGAAAAGACUCGCACCCAUUGCCCAGUGGAGAACUGCAGAUGGCCAGAGCAAUUCAUGCAAAAGAGCUAAUGCUGCAGGAGAAGCUGUGGAGUGUUGAGGAAAAAAUAAGACAAAAAAUCCAGAGAGACGCUGCUGCAAGUGAGUACCAAAGGAGUGAGGAGCAGAGGCACAACAGGAGACAAGCAGAGAGGGGAAACGCUCAGACAUUAACCAGGCUGGCUGAGCAGAAGAAGAGAGAAUCAGAAAGAAAAAGAGAAAUUAUGAUGCAAGAAAGAAGACAGGAGGAUGUCAAACAACUUAUGAACAGGCAAGAUCAGAGGAACGAGGACAGAAUAAGGAAUACACAUGAAGAAGAAGAAAGGGCCAGGUGGAAAAUAAGAGAUAAAGAAGACGCACAGAGUUCCCAGGCGCAUAGAAAAGGUCAUAAAGGUACUCAUCAGAUCACAGCUCAUGUGCAAAAAGUGAGUGGAGAGAUUAACAUUUCUAGGGAAAAUGUGAACGAGCAUACCAGAAGAAGAAGAAAAGGAGGGGAGGAAAAAGAUAAUGGCGUUUGGGGAGAGACAGGUGUAAAGUCACAGGAUGGAAGAGAGAAAGCAAAAGAAAGAGAACAAAAUACAACCUCCAUGGCCGAUAAAGGUUCGACAAGAGAAAGGAAAUAUAGGGAAAGGACAUAUAAGGAGGUGUAUGGUUUAGACGAUGAGCGAGACAUGCCUCAAAUUAAUCAACAGAAAACAUCUUAUAAAGUUGCAACAGAAAACCACAGAGGUGCAGGACUUAAGCUGUCUGUGGGAAUACUGCUUCCACCAGUUUCUCCUCCUUCUCAUUCCAGCAGACCGGAGCAGGAGGAGCUCAGACAGGAAGUUAGCACAGGCACUGGCCUCCAGCUCCUUCCUUGCAGAAUCUGCGACAGAAAGUUUGCAAGCGAAAGAUUACAGAAGCAUAUGCAAAUCUGUAAAAAAGUGAAACAAUCACAUCGUCAAGUCUUCAACUCCUACGUUAAUAGGACCAAGGGAUCCGCCAUAGAGCAGUUCUGGAAAACCCACAGCAAGAGUCCAGAGGAUUUAAAGAACCAAAGACAGAACCACAUGGCAAACACAAGGAAUCUGCAUGAGGGUCGACUCCCAGUUGGAACCUCACAACCCAAACGGCCCAAGUGAGCCGACCAGACCAAACCCAGACACUUUGGCCCUGGACCAUUGGAACAAGAAAUCCUCAGAUGUCAGCACAUGCACCCAUCACCAUCUCAUUAGUCAGUAUAGUCUUGGAAUUGUUAUUUAAUCCCUUAUUUUGUUACAUUGUUUGAAUAUAUUCUAUAUUAACUACACAGAACCAUCUAAAAUAGUUUUGGAUCUUUACAAGAAUAGCUCAUAUCGUUACAUAAUACAUUUCACUGAAAUUGUAUUUUAUAUGAUUUUCACGUGACAAAAAAAUGGAUUAAUAUCAACAAAUACAAAUAUCUGCAGUGUAUUGUAGCUUACAUUUUGGCGAAUAUUGACUAUACACACGUAACAAAAGAAUCUGUUAGUUUUAUUUAUGGAGUUUACACAAAGCAUGAAGCAACAGUGUGUCUGUGAGAGAAGUGUUUAUACAACCGUUACAUCUCCACAAUAUUUGGUUAACCUCGUGAAAAAAAGUAUUCAUAUCUUUAAAUGCUGUCAA